AUGAUUAAUGUGACCUGCUUUACCACCAACAACAAAAUGAAACCGGCACUCAUAAUUACUGUCAGCAGCAUAGCUGCUGCAAUCGCCAUGGAAUCGGUUUCCGUGCAAGAUACUACGGAAGUUGCUACCUACACCAGGUUUUAUAAAUCCCAGCCCAAGUUGACCUACUCUAAGUCUAGUUACACAUCUACUGUUGCUUCAUUCCCUUCUCCCUCUAGUAUGCCCCACUUCAUUUCAUUUGACAGACGACCAGAACCUAGUGCAUCAAAUACGUUUGAGCAAGAGAAGUCUAGUUCACAGCCAACCAUUGGUAUUUCGCUGUCGUCUGACGUUCCCAGUAGCGGCCCGAGCGUUACCAAAUCCCUUACAGAAUCAACUAGUGGCAGCUCAAAAGAUUAUGGGAGCUUGGCGAAAGUGUCAACAUCUACUCUACGCCAGCACUUUUCAGAUGCAAUUACUGAUAGCCCAAGUAUGACGCCAGGAUCCUGUCAGCUAUCGGACUGUACAUCACAGCUGGAAAAAUCGAAAACGAAAGGCCAAACAACAGUACCUAAAUUUUCCGGAUAUAAAAAUGUCACAACUUCCUUAUCUAGUACAACUGGCGCUUCCACCAUCCCACGUCCCAGUAGCUCGAGCGGUAGUAAAGGUACUUCAAAGGGACCGUCGUCUUCCACAAAUAUACAAAAAACGACCAAUCCUGCGGACUCUACAAAGACAGAUGGCUCCUCAUCCAGAGAGCCAUCUAAGGCUAGUGGAUUGACUCCUAGCUUCUCUGCGCCAUCCACACUUAUGAAUUUGGAUCAUAACGUUGCAAGCGAGCUAGUUAAAGCGCACAACGCAAAGCGUGUUCUACACGAAGACACUCAACCUCUAAAAUGGAAUAAUAAACUUUCCGACUUCGCCUACAGCUAUGUCUCAGAACUAGUAGGUACAAGUGAAGAUCCUUGCACAUAUGUGUUAAAACAUUCUAACGGUCCUUAUGGAGAGAAUAUUGCUUCCGGACUUUCCUCGGAAACGCCCAAUGUGACGGAAUACGUGAAUUCAUGGUACAAUGAAAUUGAGGACUAUGACUAUAAUGAUAUCGACGGGAUAUAUCAUCGCGGAAAGGCAGUAGGUCAUUUUACUCAAUUAGUCUGGGCAAAGAGCCAGGAAGUAGGUUGUGCUGUAGUCUACUGCUCAAAUAAUGGGAAGGGGAUAUACAUUCUCUGCGAAUACCACCCUGUUGGCAACAUCGAGGACAGUACGCCAGGGAAAGACAGGUAUCGCCUCUACAAAGAGAACGUAAAACCGCUAAAGCAGCGUUAG